CGGGCGCGCAGGGCCAUGUCGGCGCCGUGCCUGCGCCUGCCCGCCGCCGGGUCAGCACCGGCGGAGGCGGACAGCGCCGGCGGCAUGGAGCCGCCCGGGGCCGCCGCCCUGGAGCUGGCCCUGGAGGAGGAGCUGGCGCUGCUGGCCGCCGCCGGGGAGCCGCCGGAGCCGCCGCCCGCCGCCGCCGCCCGCGACCCCGAGCUGCUCUCGCUGAUCCGGCAGAAGGAGAAGGACCUGGUGCUGGCGGCGCGGCUGGGCAAGGCGCUGCUGGAGCGCAACCAGGACAUGAGCCGGCAGUACGAGAGGAUGCACAAGGAGCUCACCGACAAGCUGGAGCACCUGGAACAAGAGAAGCACGAAUUGCGGCGGCGAUUUGAGAACAAGGAAGGAGAGUGGGAAGGAAGGGUGUCUGAACUGGAGAGCGAUGUGAAGCAGCUGCAGGAUGAGCUGGAGAAGCAGCAGGUCCAUCUGCGCGAAGCCGACCGGGAGAAGACGCGCGCUGUCCAGGAACUCUCCGAGCAGAACCAAAGACUCCUGGACCAGCUCAGCAGGGCGUCGGAGGUGGAGCGGCAGCUCUCCCUGCAGGUCCACACCCUCCGGGAGGACUUUCGGGAGAAGAAUUCCUCCAGCAGCCAACACAUCGUGCGUCUGGAGAGCCUCCAGGCCGAGAUCAAAAUGCUGACGGACAGGAAGCGGGAGCUGGAGCAUCGCCUCAGUGCCAUGAUGGAGGAGAACGACCUGCUCCAGGGAACCGUGGAGGAGCUGCAGGACCGGGUCCUCAUCCUGGAGAGACAAAGCCAUGACAAGGACCUGCAGCUGCACCAAAGCCAGCUGGAGCUCCAGGAGGUGAGGCUGUCCUACCGGCAGCUGCAGGGCAAGGUGGAGGAGCUCAGCGAGGAGAAAAGUCUCCAAAACCUCAACACAACCAGCACAUCCCUGCUCUCUGAGAUAGAGCAGAGCAUGGAGGCGGAGGAGCUGGAGCAAGAACGGGAACAGCUGAGGCUGCAGCUCUGGGAGGCGUACUGCCAAGUGCGCUACCUCUGCUCCCACCUGCGAGGCAACGACAGCGCCGACUCGGCCGUGUCCACCGACUCCUCCAUGGACGAGUCCUCAGAAACCUCCUCAGCCAAAGACGUCCCCGCCGGGAGCCUGCGGGCGGCUCUCAGCGAGCUCAAGAGACUGAUACAGAACGUGCUGGACGGGGCAGACUCCACGAGCUCUCGGCGAAGCGACGACGACACCUUAGAGGAGCAGAUCAGGAGAACAAGUGAGGACUCGCGAGCCCUGAGGGAGUUAAUGGAGGGAGAACGGGGGAAACUGAGGCAGAGUUUGGAGGAGCUGCAGCGACUGCACAGCCAGGUGACACUGCUGAGCGUGGAGAUGACGACGCUGAAGGAGGAGCGGGACCGGCUGCGCGGCGCUGCCGAGGACAAGGAGGCGAGCGAACGGCUCCUGCAGGCCAUCAGGGACCGCGACGAGGCCAUCGCCAAGAAGAACGCGGUGGAGGUGGAGCUGACCAAGUGCAAGAUCGACAUGAUGUCCCUCAACAGCCAGCUCCUGGAUGCCAUCCAGCAGAAGGUGAACCUCUCGCAGCAGCUGGAGGCCUGGCAGGAUGACAUGCACAGGGUCAUUGACCAGCAGCUGAUGGACAAACACCCGAAGGAAUGGAGCCAGCUUGCUUAUUCCUUCUCCAGUGGCUCCGGCACCAAGCGGAGUGCCAGGCCCUCCCCCGCCUUCAGGCCCGAGCAGCAGGGGGACGAGCCCGCCGGGGCCGAAGGAAACCGUCUCUUCUCCUUUUUCAAGAAAAAUUAAUCUGAAAAAGAGAAAACUCUCCAGCAAUUCCUGCUUCGAGAUGGGGAGUGGGGCAGCUGCCCAGCUUGCUGAUGGACCCAAGUCUGAUCCACUGAGUAAAAAAGAAGGGGGCAAAGGAGUUAACCCUUGAGACUCUGCACUAUUUACAGCACCUGGUCUGAACCAAAUGUUUACAUGAACCGGAGAUUUGCAAAUUGACAAUGUGAUUCUAGUAGAAAGAAACUUUUCUUAUUCUAUCAGUGAAGUGAUAAACUUCAGGGUAUAUUUUAGGAGCUUUGACACAGUCCAGUUUCUGCUGUGAAGAAUACUCUGAUUGUCUUAAAAGCAUUCUUAUGCUGGAGAAGGAAAUAAGCAGCCCCAAGACAGAGCGGUGCAGGGGAUUGAGAACUGCUCUCACAGCGAGCACAGGGGGAAGAAGAGGGCUGAAUGCAAGAGGACCGAGGGGAGCCAUUUGUACCACCCUGGCAGCUGUGACAUCCUUCAUCCACCCCACUGAGACUGGAGUCACUCUGGCCCCAGCAUUACCAUGUUUUGACAAAUGUAGCUUUCUCCGUGGUGGAAGCUGAGCCCUCGCUGCAGAUCCUGCCUGGGCACCAUCACCCUGGCUGGGAUCCAGGCUCCUCGCAGCCCAGAGGACAGAUGGGUGGUGUCACUGUCCUCUCCUGCUCCCUCCUGUUACAGAGGUAAGAGUUGUAGGCUGUAGCUACACAGAUUUCUCCCCAGGAGACUGAACAUCUACAACAGAUCACAGACUGGAUAAAAGUUGUGCAUGUUCAGUCCUGGGGCACCUGCUGUUCUUCCAAUGGCCAAAAGUAGUUUGGGAGCUUUAGCAAGUCACACACCUCUCCCCAAAGCCAUACACAUCUCCCAAACAGAGUAAGAAAACUCAUUUUAACUGGAGAGGCCCCCAAAAGCCUCACUAGUAAUUCACUGAAAGCCUACUCCCAGUGUGUCAGUCAGUCUUUGGCACUGGGUUGGCAGAGUCGAUCCUCAGAAAGCACACUGGCACCUGCCUUCACUGAAGCCAAAGGCUGUCAGGGUCUCUACAAAGCUCUGGAAAGCCUGCAGGUUACUCUGCCCUAUGCAGUAACAUUGGCUGUGGCCUGACAGAAAGGAAUAUUUAUAUUUGUCCCUGGCUGUGGGUCAGUUGCUACUCAGCUCUUUGGUGAGCAGGUAGCCAAAGGUCCUUUUGAUCAAAGAUGACCAGAGCCUGCUUUGCACAACUUGAUCAACAAGAAGAAACGUGGCUUUUUUGGUGGAUGCACCCAGCAGAGCUGGAAAUCCUGCAACAGUCAAGUAGGGACCUUCCCUCUGCACUGGAUGGGCACUUUACAGCUCUUCUCCUUUAUCAGUCUACCAUCAUAAGCCAGGCUCACUUCAGAGAUGUCCUGCUGCUGUCAUGCAAUUUUCACACAUUCUCUCAGCUCAUGAUACCCACGGGCCCCAGUUUGUUUCCUGCUGCUUUAAAGAGGCCACCACCUACACUGUCCCACAGCAGACAGAGCUGGGUGCACCUUCAGCUCUGCCCUGCUCAGCAACUUCGGUGCUAACACACCAUCCCACAGGGAGCUGCGAUCUCCGCUCGCUCUUACAGGAGCAGGCUUUCUGCUAGAAUAGGUACCAAACACCUCCUAAGCAGCAGGUAAGAGGCUGGAGGCUUGGGUUUUAGUAUUAUCCAGCUUACCUGUGGGAUAGAACAUCCAUAAUACCUCAGUACAAAUAACCUUUCUGCCUAUGAAGACUUGAGCAUUCCCGUAUUUCCUUGUUAGCAUGAAGCCACCACACUGGUAUGAAAUCAUCUUGCACUGAGGCAGCUCUGGGUCGCAAGGAGCAGAGUGCUCUGAGAUAAUAAGGAGCUGAGUGGUAAAACUGCUCUACGUGAAAGCAAUGAACCCUGGACUGCAGAGUCUGCUUCAGGAAAUACUUGGGCAAAGCCCCACCAAUACAGCUUGAUGCUUAUGGAGAGAGGAAUCAAGAGCCUCACAAGCAAGGAAGGAAACGGAACCUUGGCCUCUCCUUUCUAGGCAAUGCUCAGCUGUUGAGUAUCUGCUUGUAGCCACUUGUGCAAGCGAGGGGAAGGGCUGCAGUGCAAUGCCACGUGCUCUCAGUCCUCAUCCUCCCAUGUACUGUGACUGUACUGUGCCUCUGGAUAGGGCAGGAACACGAGGCACAUGCUCAGCAUCUCCUGCUGCCAGGACUGCCACACCCACAUGCACUACCCCAGCCGUGACAGCAGUGACACAGUGACAGCUGUGACACAGUGCCAGCGGUGACAGUGACACCUGUGAACACUGAGAGCGAUGCUCUGUCGCAGGAGAGCCACGUGAACAUCUCGGUCCUCAGGGACCUUUCUGUGUCAGCUGUCAUUUCCCAGACCCCACCAACUCUAUCCAAGCCACGUGCCCAGCAGCUGUGUGGGACCCUGCCCCAGUGAGGAUGAAUGGAUGGAUGGAUGCAAUCCUAAGGCAAGGGCCUUAAGUUAUCCCAUGAAGAUGCAGUAAAGAGAUGGAGAAAGGUGCCUUCUGCUACGUUUGCUGAGGAAAGUGACUCAAUCACAGUUGCAGGGGUAGGCACAGCACAUCUCUUCAUUUAAGAAUCCUUAAUCCCAUUGCAAUGUUAUUUAUUUAACGAGAGUGACAGAAGAGAUUACAAGAGGAAAGUCAGCAUAUUCUAAGGUGCCACUUGGGUAUGGUUUCUUCAAACAAGCCCCUUCACCCUUAAGACUUAGUUGCACUACUAAACCCAGAGAUACAAGAGAACUGGGUGUAAUGAACUGGACAACACACCAAAGGAGACCUCCUUGUGCUGAGCUGCUACUCCACAGGAACAGAAACUGCCUUAACACAGCAGCUAGGUUUUGUCUUCUGUCUUGAAACACCUCACCCGUGCAGUCCUUCACACCCAUUUGUCACGUUGUGUUUUAACAAGGUCCCGACUACUUCACCCUGUGCAGUCAUUGACACACUCACCUGCAUCCUGCCACGGCCAGGAGCCCCGAGGCAGCCUUGCAGUGCUGGUUAGAAGACACUUCACUUGUGGUACUUGAGACUCUUCCAGGACACGCACGGUGUAAAGGAAACCCCGGCUCCAGGGGAUGAGAUGGAGGAAGCACAUCAAUCCAGCAGGUACUCAGGAUCCCAAAGGAGAUAUAAGGAGUGGGAUCAGCAGCUCUAAACACAACCCUCAGCCUUGCUUUUGAGAUAAUGGUAAAUAAAACAGUAGUGCUGCACAGUCACUGUUCAAAUAUUGCACAGAGAAGAGAUGCCUGCUGAGAUUAAGGGUACAAAGGACUUUCCCACAGUUGAGUACCAGGUGGCUGUUCGGGCAAAUGUUUGUUAUGCCAGCCUGAGGGAAAAGGGAUCAGUCUCCCCUUCCUAAACUCUGCAAGGGAAGCAACUGUAAACAAGGAACAAAUGUAAAUGAAAGGCAAGUCACUAGCACUUUAUCCUCAUACAAACUUAGAUCAGCAACUUGCCGUGGAGACGAACAGUAAAUCAAAAAGUUACUGACAAGAGUCAUUUUGCACAGAGAGCAGGAAGUGAGGCUGCAGGCAGGGCCACAUGCACUUGUCCUACUUAGAAUGGUGAAUUCCAGAUAUGCCUCUCCAUCAGGCAAACUCUCUACUCCCCACUCAGCUAUAAAAAGCAAGAUUGUUUGAACCAAAAAGCCAAGAAAGGAAGUGUCUGGGUGCUGCAGCAAUGAUUCCCUUGGAUUGAGAGGGAAAAAGCACACAGCAGGGACAAACAGAAAGAAUGUACCUAUAGAUAUGUACAUAUACCACAGUGCUGUAAUUUUUGUAUGUAGCAGUCAUGUAAAUAAAUGUAUGGUUUUUAUAAGAUACAUAUUAUAAAAAUCUAUAAAGGCAUAUUUUUAGUAAAAACAAUGCUCUACUUCUUUUGUAAAUAGUUCUCUUCAGAAUAAAACAGAUCAUUUAUA